UGUUCUGAUCAAAACAAAAAAGCUGAUAUUUUUGUGGACAUUUUAAGUGAGAAAGGAUCACGAACAUUUCACGAAUUUUGUACGGUCUUGGAGGAGUGUUCACCAAAUUUACUGACAAAGUUUCUCCUCGAUUCUACACCAGAUUCAGACUCUGAAAAGAAACCAACACAAGCCUUGCAGCUGGGGUUUGAACUCGCGCUGAAAGAACGUGAUGCUGUGUUACGGGAGAACGCUAAAGCCAUCCAGGAGCGUGACAAGGCUAUGCGUCAAGCGCAGCAGUUCUUAAACGAACGUGACAAAGCUUUGGCCAGUCUGGAAAACCUGUCGGCUAAGCGGAACAAUACGCCAAUCACAGAGAGGAGAGCCACCUCACCGACCAGACGAAACAAAGACAAACUGAAAGCUGUGGAUAGUGACCUUGAGAUUGAGAAUGAAGAGAAUUCGGACAAUGUUGUCUGGGAGACACACAAGGUGACAUUGACGCGGGUGCCAGGCUUUGGCUUCGGUAUUGCAGUCAGUGGUGGGAAAGAUAAUCCUCACUUUGCAAAUGGUGACCCUUCCAUAGCGAUAUCCGAUGUCCUGAAAUCGGGACCAGCAGAAGGGAAAUUACAGAUCAAUGACAGAGUGUUAAGUGUGAACGGGAAUUCGUUAGAGAAUGUGGACCAUUCCACUGCCAUUUCAGUAUUAAAAGACUGUGGAAGUACUGUGAAUUUGGUUAUAAGAAGGCGAAUAGUUUUACCAGCAUCCCUGGAAACCGAAACCCCACCUCUCAAGGUUACGCUGUCAAAACGGAACAGAAAAGAUGAAUAUGGCGUUGUGCUAGGGUGCAGGUUUUUCAUCAAAGAAAUUCUGCCCAACAGUCUGGCAGCCGAGGAUGGGGGACUGAAGGAAGGGGAUACAAUUUUAAAGAUAAACAAUGCACCAAUUGACAGUCUUUCACUGAUUGAGGCCAGAAAACUGAUAGAGAAGACGAAGGACAAACUACAGUUCAUCAUCACCAAACCUCGAGACAACGAACGCAGGAAAGACGAUGAGUAUUCCCUGGGCUAUGGAACAAUGCAGAGUACCCUGCCAAAGCACGCAGACAAGGUGUACCAGACCAAGUCAAACAUCGAGGAUAGCCCAUACAAGGCACAGUUUGCACCACAGGACAUCCCCCCGGGUGCGUAUCCUGCCAAUAGCCCCCACUCCAGAUAUGACGGCAGAUACAUCUACGAUCAUGAGGCCGCACCUCCCAGACCUCCUCUCCCCUCGGGCAUUGAUAACAGUGGUCCUCCGCGCUCCCCAAGUCCAGUUAAAGGCGGUUAUCUCAGUGAUGGAGAGGAUCGUCGCAGGAAACAGAGCUACGGGAACUACGCCACUGUUGAUGAGACAGACAUACCAAUCUUACGACGCCACCAUGAAGAGCGAUACGUUGGAAAACGAAAGGAUAUACGACCAGAUCCAAGGAUCGUAACAUUCCUGAAAGAUCCAGAACUUGGUCUGGGAUUGAGACUGGCGGGGGGAAAUGCCACAGGGAUAUUUAUAGCCUCAGUCCAGCCAAACACAGCAGCAGAAAUUGAAGGCCUUUCAGAGGGUGACCAAAUUAUCAAGGCCAACACUAAGGAAAUAGUUGGGUUAACACGAGAGGAGGCUGUAAUGAGUCUGACCAGUCUACAGGGAACCGUGUCCUUGGAAGUCCAAUAUAAGAAAGAAGAACUUGAUCGGAUCAUGUCAAGCCAAGAAGCGGGCGACUCUUUCUACAUUCGCACACACUUCAACCAUGAACAGUUGGAGCCAGGGGAGCUUUCCUUCGUACAGGGAGACAUCUUCCACAUUAAAGACACCCUAUUUCGAGGAGUUGUUGGCUCUUGGUUGGCUGUCAGGAUGGGCAGAAACAAUCAGGAGACACAGAAGGGGAUCAUUCCAAACAAGAACAGGGCAGAGCAGUUGGCUAUUUCGAGUCAGUGCCGAGGGGAAGAUGAUAAAGAUAACUCGCCUUCAAAAAGAAGUGGCCUUUUUAAGCGCAAAGUUGCUCGACGAUCAAAGUCUUUGAGCAAGGACCACUGGGAGGACGUCAUAUUCUCACAUUUACAGACAAAGUUUCCUGCAUAUGAAAGGGUCUUACUUAGAGAUUGUGGUUUUGUUCGCCCAGUUGUCAUUUUCGGCCCCCUUGCUGACGUAGCAAGGGAGAAAAUUCUGAAAGAUUUUCCUGACAAAUUUCAGUCACCACAGAGUGAACAUCGUGGGGAAGACCAGAAAAAGGGUAGAACAGGAAUCAUCCGACUGGGUGCCAUCAAAGACGUGAUUAACAGGAGAAAGCAUUGCAUGCUAGAUAUCACGCCACACAACGUAGAUCGGCUGAACUUCGCGCAAUUCUACCCGAUUGUUGUCUUCCUGAAGGCUGACUGCAAAACCACGGUGAAAGAGUUGAGAGCAAAGUGGGCCAAAGGAUCAAGCAAAAACCCAAAGAAACUCUAUGAGCACAGUAUCAAAUUGGACAAGUUUUACCAGCAUUUGUUCACUGCAACAGUUACCCACAAUACAACUGAGACCUGGUAUAGGAAGCUGGUAGAAAUGGUCGAUCUUCAGCAGCAGCAGCAAAUUUGGAUGUCAGAGAAAAAGCCAGAGGAAGACAUCUCAGACGACUACCUGUUCCCGCUGAGCAAUCGCCUCUCAUUCUCGGGAUCUCAUGGUGACGCCAGCGACAACGAUGUAAGACACGCCUUUGAUGACAUGGACGCCUUACCCGCACAGCGAAAGCGGCAACUAGUCCGGUCGUCGUCUGAUCCCAGCGUGAACACGAUGGACCGGGUACCGGGAAUACCACCGUACCCAGAUCCCCCACGUUACCAACGGCAACCAAAGUUGUCCACUGAUGGGAAUCAAAAUUAUCAGGAUAUUGCCUAUGAUGAUUCGUACACGCAGAGAUCUGAAGAUCGCUACUACCCGUCUUAUUAUGCUGAUCACAACGAUGUUGAUCGGCGCCUGAACCGUCACAACAUUGAUCCCUAUGCCACUAUCACACCCAGUGAACGACUGCGUGGAAGAAUGCCAUCGGAUCCACAGUGGAGUGACGGCUUUGAUGACAGACAGCCUCCCCCGCUCCAGGCACAUCAGAAUGAGGCUGUGUACUCAAAGCCAUUACCACGGCAACGCAAUCAGCUGUCUCCUGGCAACCAAGGUCAUACCGGGGUAAAUGAGCCUGGGUCACCUGGUUACGGUCCAUCGUCUGGGCAACAGCACCUUCCACCACCCCCGCCCCCACAUCAGGCAUACACUGACAGUUCUUCAUACUCUAGCGACUCAUUCACUAAAUACACGUCCAACCCCGUCAACAAACACGACGACUCAAAACUUCGAGACAAAAUGGGUCAGCUGGCGACAAGAAAUGCUCGAUCAAACGACCCAUAUAGGUUUACCAGAAGCACGGCAAAUAAAGUCACGACAAGCAACAUUGACAAGAACAAACUUUCUGAUCUUUCCGCAAAGUUCAGGCCAGAAAACGAUAAGCUAAAACUAAGCUCAACAAGUCUGUCAAAGUCACCCCAAGGAGUCAGUGCACCAAACAUAUCAAAACACCCAGCGACAGAGCCAGACAUGAUACCUGGAGGUCAAGUGCGUCAAGUUCACAUGAACCCUCAGUUUGGGCAAGGUGAAGGUCAAAGGUCAAGGGUCAUGGGAAGAAAACAGCCUCCGCCCGUACCAACGAAGACAUAUAAUUUAAAAGAAAGGGGGAUUGAACCAGACGAACAAAAACUGCGCCACUAUGAAAGUGCUAAUUUAAGAGGGUACGAAUACAGAGACGGUAACAAUUAUUCUGCUUUGCCUGUUCGCAAUGACCCUAACGAAAAACACAGAGGGUAUCCAAAUGAUGGGGAUGGGUACCCAGUUUUACAAGCGGAACAUUACAAAUCUGAAGAUCCCUAUGAGUAUGUAGCACCCAGAAGACAAAAUCCUGGGAACCAGCAGUUUAUAAAUAGAAACAGUAGGGAAUACCCAGAAAAUCAGGGGAAUCCCAUUACCAAUCAAAAUUCUAGGACAUUUAUGAAUCAAAUUUAUAUGGAUACAGAAGAACUGAAAAGAUAUAGGCAAGAAAGGGAGCAGCAACAACAACAACAAGAGCAGCAGAGGGGUUAUUAUAGGUCACCUGAAUCUAGGACAAGUGUGAAACCGUUGCAAGUAAAUCGAUAUUCACAAGUCAAUAUUCCCAGAACGGAUGAUGAGCUACAUAAAUUGAGAGAGAGUCAUAAAAAACACUCAAAAUCUACUGACCAUGUGCAUAGAGCACAAAAGUCAGACUCAGCUUUGAUAAAUAUGCAGUCGAAGCAGAAUUUUUCUUCAUACAAAAAGCUCAUCACGGCUGGAGUUUAUGGCACUAAUAAAAUAGCUUCAAAAUCGCAUGAUGAGUUACGGGACCCGCGUGACACGGAUGUGAACCACAUGCGGGCAGGCUCUGGUAGUUCACAGACUGGAAGUGCGUUUGAGUCAUACAGCAAGGCAUCUCCGCUGUCCUCGUUCGGGAAAGCGGGCGAACUGGGUUUGGGGCCAAAAUCUCCUGUUAAACUGGGUCAGGAUUCUCAGCCAUUGCCCAGCAAAAGCUCUGGUGAUGGGUUGUCUGCUGUGCUGGAAACGUCUGAGCCUAGUUCAAACAAUGAGGAUGAAACCGCUGUGAAUGGUCACGUGACUUCAUUGGACCAAUCAAAUGCAUCAGUUUUGUCACAUGACACGUCACAUGAUUGUGCAUUUCAAUCAAAUGUGGUUGUAACUCACAAUGGUUUUGAGGACCAUUUAAAUAAAGCUGUUGAGUCAUUUGACAUGCUUUUAGACAAAAUGAACCAAUUAGAAAAUGGUCAGAAGUCACCUGACCAAGACAGCCAAUCAGAGACAGUAUCUACUCCUGACACUGUCAUUCUUAGAGGAGGGUUUGACCCUACCCAGGACCUGGAUGACAGUCACACCGUUGUGGCAACGGCCAGGGGCUUGUUCAACAAACAGGGCGGUGUACUGGAGUCGCCGGAGACCGGUGUCAGCAUCGUGAUUCCUCCAGGGGCACUGAGCGGAGAUCAGGACCAGGAGAUCUACUUCAAAGUGUGCCGCGAUAACUCCAUACUGCCCCCAUUGGAUAGGGAAAAAGGAGAGACCUUAUUAUCUCCCCUAGUGAUGUGUGGUCCACAUGGUCUUAAGUUCAACCAGCCAGUAGAAUUGCGGCUACCACACUGUGCUUCUGUGAACCCAGACAGCUGGUCUUUUGCUCUGAAAUCAAGUGAUUCGCCAUCAGGUCAGCCCACCCAGUGGCAGAACAUGACUCUGGCUGAGAGGGAAGGUCAAAUGCAAAGCAGAGUGGGCAAGAACAGUGUGUCAGUCCUAGUGGAUCAUUUUUGAAAGAGCAAAUGAUUUUAUGAAUUUUUCGCUUCGAGUAUACGCCCCACUCCCUCUAGUGUAUUAUACCAAUGUGUAUUGGUACCCAGCUGAUAUUGAAUACAUUGAUUGAUACAGAGAAUAGUGUUGAAAUUAGCUAUUAAUCAUGUCAGCUAAGAUUAACGAUUGUAGAAAAUGAGUUUACAGGGAAACAUUACAUCAGAGUGGAAUACACAAAUGUAUCACAUGCAGUACAGACUUUCCUUGAACUCAGUCUUUAAGGCCAGUGGAUUGACUGUAGAGUUUUGUCUGGUCUGAAGAGUUCACAAUCACCUGUCUAACAUGAAGAUUUUAAUGUUGAAAUUGGUCUGAGAGUUUGAAACCAGUCUAGAAUUAUGUUUGAUAAUAACAUAUUUUUAUAUAGUAACAAAGAAAGUUAAAAACCAGUCCAGAAUUGUUGUUUGCAUAGCAAAAGAAACCAGUCAAGAUGGGUAUUUUUGAAGUUAUAAAGGAGAAUUUCCAGAUUGCAUGUAGUUAUAUUUUUUUAUAAAUUAGUUUUUGAAAAAGCCAGUCUUAGUUAGAAUUUUAUCAUUUAAUUUGAAGACUUCGCCCUCUGAAUAAGAUGAUGUUUUAUUAUUUUAUUAUGAUUUAUCUUUCUAAGGACAAUAAAUCCUGCAUUUACAAAUUCUAAAUGUUUAAAGUUGAUUAGAAAAUUAUUUAUUUAACCAUUGGUUUCACUUCAUACAUAACAUUCCUGUUUAAUUACAAUUGUGUGAAUACAUGUAUACAUGUACAUCUUUAAGAUAUUGUUUUACAGACCAGACAGUAUUGUUCCCAUAGAAACAUAAUAUUGCAUUUUAGUUGCUUUAACAUUGUCUUCCAAAAUUAGAAAUAACAUUCCUUGUCUUAAUUACUGCUGUUAUAUCUGCUACUUUUUUUACAUAAUUAAAGAGUUUAUUAUUUUUAUGAAUGUAUUUAAUGCACUUUUUUGUGAGUGUAAACAUUUGAUUGUUGAUUGUGUUUUUGAUACUUUGAAUUAUUAUCAGUGCUGAUAAGCAAAUGGGUGUUGGAAUAUGCCUGAUAAAUUUGCAAAAUGUAUAUAUUAUAUAUAAUCAUAUGCAAAAAUGUUUGAUUAAAAAAAUAUGAACAGUAAAUUGUUAAACAAUGUUAACAAAUCAUACUUUAUGUUUGUUAUGUUUUAUAAAUCACAGUUUAAUGAAUAUAUUUCUGUAAAUAGAUUUUUACUGUUUGCAGCAAGUUUAAUGCAUUUCGUUGAUUUUAUAUGAACAAAGAUUUGAUGUUCAAUGUAUACUUUUAAAAGUAAUAGCAACUUAUGCUUUGUAAAUUGCAAAAUAUUCAGAACAACUUAUUGAUCUCGCUUAUAAUUUUGUAGUAUUUUUGCAGUUUUUGAUAGAAUAGGUCAUCUUACAGCACAUUUCAAAAUAUGUACAGUAAAUCUUUUCAUUUACAUAAUCUCUUCCAAACAUUUUCAUGUGCAUUUAAUAUUGUACUUCAUAAACUUAUCUGAAAUAAAAAUGUGCAUACACAAACCCUUUUUAGGUCAUUGACAAAAAUAUUUUUUAAAGAAAUGUCUUCAUGUAUUUUGGCCCAAGUUUACAUUUGCAAUAUUUACCUUUGUAUCGGUAAAUGCUUGUUUAUUUGUUAGCAGUUUUUCACUGGGAAAUAAGUUUGUUUCUAAAUCAAGUAGAAGGUUGUUGGGACAUAUUAGAAAAGAAAACAUUUUGUCGUAAUUGUCAUUGAUAAAUUUUGCUUUAAGUCAUAUUUGUUAAUUUUAUAAAGGUAUCUUUAAAGAAUAUUCUACAUUGUUCACAUAUCAAGAACUUGGUUGUUGUGUUUAAAGUAUUGAUACCGGUAUUGUUAACUAGUUAUUAUGUGAAUGAAAACUACAGUUGUAUACACAUUUCUCAGUUAUCAAAAUGCAUCAAAAUGUUACAGAGUUUAUUUGUAUCAUAAUACAUUUACAAUGUAUAAGUGAGCCAAUUGUUGUGCUAUUUUACGUAUUUUAAUGUUAACAAUUGAACUUUGGUAGGCAAUUUAUGAUUGUCUGAGAAGGAUUUACUUUUUGUGUAUUUUUGUGUUGGAUAUCCAAUACAACUUAGUGUUUAGUGUAUUUUUACACUCAUAUCAUCGAAAUACAUCUCAAAACUGUUCUUUUUUCUCUUUUAUGUGCUUUUUAAAAAGUGCCAGAAUAUAUGGCUUAAUGACUUCAAAUUAUCACAAUCAACAAUUUAGUCUUAACAAAAAAUAUUAACCAACCAAUGGAAGGUAUCUAUGCAAUUUCUGCUGUCAAAUCAGCUCCAUGGUUAGAACAUGGUGAUUUGUGUUCAUUUCCUGGUCCCGGGGCAAGUGAAUGUGAUUGGUGGUCACCAAACUGGACAUGUGGGGUUUUCCCCUCGGGGUUUCCAUUUUCGCCAACUCAGCAACUCCUCAAAAAUUAAAGUUCUUUCAGUACAAAGUUAAAAGCUGGAAAUGGCUGCAACAAUUCAAUGUUUGUCCCAAUUUUCGUAUGUUUCGAGAAGUCAUUUUCAUAAUAUGUUCGGAGUUCUGGGACACAUUCAAGGUCCUGAUAUAAUGCAGCCUCAGGUACUGCAGGACCUUAUAAGCAUAGUAACACAAUUGAUUCAUUUAUGAAUUUCAUGGGACGAUAUUUAAAGUUGAGAAUAAAAAGUUCGAUUGAGAACUUUCAGAGUUGUCGGGUCAUAUUUUCUGAGCACUGUUGGCUUUCUUGUUAAUUGAGUAUUUGUUUCUGUUCAACUUACAUUAACAGCUGAAGAUUUAGUAAGAUCGUUAAAAAUUGUUGACUGUUUCAUGGCAUAUCACAAAAUUGCACAUACACAAACAACACAAAAUGUCAACAGUCAAUGAAAAAGAGUGGUCUCGAAACAGGGGUUGUUUUUAACAGAUAACAAUAAGGAGCAAAUAAUAUUCUUUAUGCAGAAUUUCUUUUGAUUAUGAAUAAAAAGGUUGUCCAUUCAAUAUUUUCUGAUACCACAGUUUUGCUUCCAAAGGACCUUUUGUUGUGAAUAUACCAUGUUGUUAUUGAUAUUAGGUAUGUGUUAACAUUUUAUUUUAUUGCCAAUAUUUUUCUGUAUGUGUAUGUAUUUUUAUGCCCUUGGUAGGGUUGCAUAUAGCAGUCGGACUCUCCGUCCGUGUGUCUGUCUGUCUGUCCGUCUGGAAUUCCAUUCUCGGGACUUGUUUCCGAUACUCUUUAUGAUAUUGACCUGAUAUUUGGUGUGCGAGACUAUGUACAUGACUUACAGAUGAAGUAUGAGUUUUGUUCCGGUUCAUUGAUUUUUUGCGAAGUUAUGGGCCUUGAACUAAGAAAUUUUCUCUAUAAUAAUCGUUUUUCUCAGGUUUUUUAUGCAACUUUUCAGAAUUUGAGCUGAUUUUUGGUAUGUGCGUCUGCCUGCAGGACUUACAGAUGAAGUGUGAGUUUCGUUCCGGUCCAUGGAUUUUUGUCAUAGUUAUGGGUCUUGAACUUAAAAUUUUAUCUAUAGUAACCGUUUUCCAAAAGUAUUUGUAUGCAAAGCUUUCUGUUGUUGAGCUGAUUUUUGGUAUGUGCGUCUACCUACAUAACCUACAGUUGGAGUGUGAGUUUUAUUCCGGUCCAUUGAUUUUUGGCAUACCAGUAGUUAUGAGCCUUGGACUUGGAAAUUUUCUCAAUAAUAACCAUUUUCCUGACUUUUUUUAUGAAACGCUAUAAGAUAUUGAGCUGAAAUUUUGUAUGUGAGUGUACCUAGAUAACUUACAGUUGAAAUGUGUUUUUGGUUCUGGUUCAUGCAUUUUUUGCAGAGCAAUGGGCCGUAGACUUGACAAUUUUCUCUAAAAUAGCCGCUGUGCAUCUUCAAAGUGCAGUAGGGGGCAUUGUGUUUCUCAAGCACAGGUAUUGUUCUGUUUAUUUAUUUUUUUUAAUGUGUGCGUAAUACAUAUUUACGCAUGUCAGUGGUUGUGUUGGAUAGUUUUAAUUGUAGAGUGUAUAAUUUAUAUCAUGAUGUCUCAGUACUGCUAUAUUAAGCCCCAUCUUGGAUCCCACAGUAUAUAUUCUGUUGUCAAUACAUAAUACCCUUGGGAGAAUUGGCUGACAGAAUUUUGUUUUCAUAAAGCUGGAUGAGCCAAUGAAAUCACACUUUUAUUUUCAAAAGUUGAAUGAGGUCUGGAAAGCAACAAUUAUUUGAUAAGAUACUAGUUAUUACCAAAGAAGCAUAAGGCUUACAGUAAAAGUGACAGGUAAAGUGACAGGCAACUGUAAAAUGGCAAGACAAAAUCUGUCUGCAUGUUCAAGUUGAAAUAGGGUGUCAUUCGAUUGAUUGGAUUUCCAUGCAGCUAUUGACAGGGAACCAAUGAGAUUUCUCAUUAAUCAUUUAUGAAUACAAGAUAUUUCUAACUGUAUCUCCCAUGGUUAAUAUUAGAUAGCAUAUUUUAGUGAAUAUGGGUUCCAGCGCUGAUAAAACUCCAGUUCCAAAUACUUUCUAAUUUUGGAAUGAGAAAAAAGGAAUAUUCAAAUAUGAUUUGAGGAUUCAUCCCUAAUGUGUACAAAGAGCUUAUGAAAAAACACAAUUAAGGGAUCUUUAUUGCAAAUAAAAGUUUUCAGUGUAAUAAACAUAGAUAACUUUCAUUAUGACAGAUGACCUUUUUAAAAUUCUUCAAAUUAUUUUCUGUGCAAAGGUGCUUUAAAUUUUGUGAUUUUUAUUAGCUCGGCUGUUUUCGGAGAAAACCUGAGGUAUUGUCAUAGCCAGCUCGUCGUCCGCCGUCCGCCGUAGGCGUCGUGCUUAAACCUUAACAUUGGCUCUAAAAUCAAAGUGUUUCCAUCUACAACUUUGAAACUUCAUAUGUAGAUGCACCAUUAUGAGUUCUACACGCCACACCCAUUUUUGGGUCACUAGGUCAAAGGUAAAGGUCACUGACCUCUAAAAAAAAUAUAUUCUGACAAGCUUUCGCAGCCGAGCGUGGAACCUGUUAUGCGAUGCGCUUGUUUAAAGGAAGAAAUUUUGCAUGCAAGAAAAUUACUAUAUGACUUGUAGCUUAUUUUUGCUUCAUUCGUCAUCAAAUUAUAUACGCCUAAUGUAUAUAAAAGUCAGAUAUAUAUAUUUUGUGACAGCUAUAUAUGUUGUUGUUUUUUUUAUCUAGCGAUUUUCAUUAUUGGUGCAAAUAGAUCUAGUUUAUAAAACAUGUAGCAUGGUGUGAGUUUUUAAUACAUAUGCUUAUGAAAGAUUUUAACAUGAUAAAUACAUCUUUCAAUUCAUGUACAAAUACAGCUUUCAAUUCAUGUACAGUGGACACUUACCGGUUCAUUAAUGUCUUUUUCUUUAAAAUUUGAUAACAUUUGGUUACGACACUUUUCAGCCAGUAGGACAUCUAUCAACAGAUUUAUUUUGCCAAUUCAAUUUAUUCUUGUUGAUAAAACAGGAAACUAUUUUUUCUGUUGAACAUUCCGUAUCAAAUACAAUAUUUAAACAUCUACCUGAAAACACUACCGGUAAAUGUGCCACAGUUAACCUCCCUUUAAAGAUGAAGUGCAUUCAUUUGGACCUUUUUUGUCAUAAAUGUAUUUAUGAAUUAUUUUGAAUACAAACAUUUCAUUUCAUAUCAUUAGCCUGUGUUUGUGAAUAGUACUAUAUUUGUAUAUGUAAUCUUAUUUUUGUACUAAAUAUAAACCUUUGUCUGGUUGAUUUCUUUGUACAUUUAACAAUUUCAGUAACUCCCUAUAGUGAUAAUGCAUGUGUGUGUUUUUACGUUGACCCUGCCCAUUUUGCAUAUAUACAUAUACAUAUAUUUUACCAAUAAAAUUGUAUAAGUACAUGUAUUAAUGAAAGAAUGAAAAAAAUAACACAAAAAAUGA